AUGUCCGGGGCCAAGGAGGGAGGCGGGGGCUCCCCCGCGUACCACCUCCCGCACCCGCACCCGCAUCCCCCCCAGCACGCCCAGUAUGUGGGCCCCUAUCGGCUGGAGAAGACGCUGGGCAAAGGCCAGACAGGGCUGGUUAAGCUCGGCGUCCACUGCAUCACGGGCCAGAAGGUGGCCAUCAAGAUCGUGAACCGGGAGAAGCUGUCGGAAUCGGUGCUGAUGAAGGUGGAGCGGGAGAUCGCCAUCCUGAAGCUCAUCGAACACCCACACGUCCUCAAGUUGCACGACGUCUACGAGAACAAGAAAUAUUUGUACCUGGUUCUGGAGCAUGUCUCUGGAGGUGAGCUGUUUGACUACCUGGUGAAGAAGGGGAGGCUGACCCCCAAGGAGGCCCGGAAGUUCUUCCGCCAGAUCGUGUCGGCGCUGGACUUCUGCCACAGCUACUCCAUCUGCCACAGAGACCUGAAGCCCGAGAACCUGCUGCUGGACGAGAAGAACAACAUCCGCAUCGCGGACUUCGGCAUGGCGUCCCUGCAGGUGGGGGACAGCCUCCUGGAGACCAGCUGCGGGUCCCCGCACUAUGCGUGCCCAGAGGUGAUUAAGGGGGAGAAGUAUGACGGCCGCCGGGCGGACAUGUGGAGCUGCGGCGUCAUCCUCUUCGCCCUGCUGGUGGGGGCUCUGCCCUUCGAUGACGACAACCUCCGCCAGCUGCUGGAGAAGGUGAAGCGGGGCGUCUUCCACAUGCCCCACUUCAUCCCGCCCGACUGCCAGAGCCUCCUGCGGGGCAUGAUCGAGGUGGAGCCGGAGAAGAGGCUCAGUCUGGAGCAAAUUCAGAAACAUCCUUGGUACCUGGGUGGGAAACACGAGCCGGACCCGUGCUUGGAGCCCACCCCAGGCCGCCGGGUGGCCAUGCGGAGCCUGCCAUCCAACGGGGAGCUGGACCCCGACGUGCUGGAGAGCAUGGCCUCGCUGGGCUGCUUCAGGGACCGGGAGCGGCUGCACCGCGAGCUGCGCAGCGAGGAGGAGAACCAAGAAAAGAUGAUAUAUUAUCUGCUUUUGGAUCGGAAGGAGCGGUACCCCAGCUGUGAGGACCAGGACCUGCCUCCCCGCAAUGAUGUUGACCCCCCUCGGAAGCGCGUGGACUCCCCCAUGCUGAGCCGGCACGGGAAGCGGCGGCCGGAGCGGAAGUCCAUGGAAGUCCUGAGCAUCACGGAUGCGGGCGGUGGCGGCUCCCCGGUGCCCACCCGGCGGGCCCUGGAGAUGGCCCAGCACAGUCAGAGAUCCCGGAGCGUCAGUGGAGCCUCCACCGGCCUGUCCUCCAGUCCUCUGAGCAGUCCGCGGAGUCCGGUCUUUUCCUUCUCACCGGAGCCUGGGGCUGGAGAUGAGGCUCGGGGAGGAGGCUCCCCGACUUCCAAAACGCAGACGCUGCCUUCUCGAGGCCCCAGGGGUGGGGGCGCCGGGGAGCAGCCCCCACCCCCCAGUGCCCGCUCCACUCCCCUGCCUGGACCCCCAGGCUCCCCACGUUCCUCCGGGGGGACCCCCUUGCACUCGCCUCUGCACACUCCCCGGGCCAGCCCCACCGGGACGCCGGGGACGACGCCGCCCCCAAGCCCAGGCGGUGGUGUCGGGGGAGCCGCCUGGAGGAGUCGUCUCAACUCCAUCCGCAACAGCUUCCUGGGCUCCCCGCGUUUCCACCGGCGCAAGAUGCAGGUGCCCACCGCCGAGGAGAUGUCCAGUUUGACGCCGGAGUCCUCUCCAGAGCUGGCAAAACGCUCCUGGUUCGGGAACUUUAUCUCCUUGGACAAAGAAGAACAAAUUUUUCUCGUGCUAAAGGACAAACCUCUCAGUAGCAUCAAAGCGGACAUCGUCCACGCCUUCCUGUCGAUCCCCAGCCUGAGUCACAGUGUGCUGUCACAGACCAGCUUCAGGGCCGAGUACAAGGCCAGCGGGGGCCCCUCCGUCUUCCAGAAGCCCGUCCGCUUCCAGGUGGACAUCAGCUCCUCUGAGGGGCCAGAGCCCUCCCCGCGGCGGGAUGGCGGUGGUGGCGGAGGUGGCAUCUACUCUGUCACCUUCACUCUCCUCUCCGGUCCCAGCCGGCGGUUCAAGCGCGUGGUGGAGACCAUCCAGGCCCAGCUGCUGAGCACGCACGACCAGCCCUCCGUGCAGGCCCUGGCAGACGAGAAGAACGGGGCGCCCCGGCCCCCCAGCACCCCGCCCCGAAGCCUGCAGCCCCCGCCCGGCCGCCCAGACCCGGAGCUGACCAGCUCUCCCCGCCGAGGCCCCCCCAAGGACAAGAAGCUCCUGGCCACCAACGGGACCCCUCUGCCCUGACCCCAGGGGGCCGGGGAAGGAGGGGAGCCCCCUCCACCCCCCUUCCCUGCCCCCCAACUGUGAAUCUGUAAAUAGGGCCCAAGGAGUACAUAGGGAGGGGGAGAUACAACCAACCCAGCCUCGCCCCGCAGGGAUGGGGCUCGAGGGGCCGUGCCCGCCGGGGAGGGGUGGUUCUGGGGGAGGGGGGUGUC